CCCCAGACGCCGAGGACCGGACUCCCACGGAGAGCAAAGUGCAGAUCAGAAGUGGUUUUCUAGCUCCGGGGGCCGAGCAGGCGUGCAGAGGGGAGCCGGUGCCUGGGAGAUGUAGCUGGGCUCAGGGCUACCUCGGGAGCUGCUACUUCAGCUGCUGAAGAUGCCAAAACAGCACCUGCCGCGGGCUUUCAAUGAUUCAGGCUAGUUCGGUAACCGGGAGGGAAGAGGAUGUGAGACAUUUUGUGAAAUUCACUUGUGGAAAUGUUAUCAUCAGAGAAAGUGGGGAAAAUCACUAGACUUGAACUUCUCUUCGUUUUGAUGCUCGUUUUCUCUGGACCAACUCUGAGCAAGCUGACUCGGACCCCCUGGAAGGGCAAGCCUUGGAAAGGGGGAUCUCGUCUUCGCCAGGAAGACUUCCCCCCGCGCAUAGUGGAGCACCCUUCAGAUGUCAUUGUCUCCAAGGGAGAGCCCACCACGCUGAACUGUAAGGCAGAGGGCCGGCCGACGCCCACCAUAGAGUGGUACAAGGAUGGUGAGCGGGUGGAGACGGACAAGGAUGACCCGCGGUCCCACAGGAUGCUGCUGCCCAGCGGGUCCCUGUUCUUCUUGCGCAUAGUGCACGGGCGCAGAAGUAAACCCGACGAAGGAAGCUACGUUUGCGUGGCAAGGAACUACCUUGGUGAAGCCGUGAGUCGGAACGCAUCGCUGGAGGUGGCAUUGUUACGAGAUGACUUCCGGCAAAAUCCCACCGACGUGGUGGUGGCAGCUGGAGAGCCCGCCAUCCUGGAGUGCCAGCCCCCCCGGGGACACCCGGAGCCCACCAUCUACUGGAAAAAAGACAAAGUUCGAAUCGAUGACAAGGAAGAAAGGAUAAGUAUCCGUGGUGGAAAACUGAUGAUCUCCAAUACCAGGAAGAGUGAUGCAGGGAUGUAUACCUGUGUUGGCGCCAACAUGGUGGGGGAGAGGGACAGCGAUCCCGCAGAGCUGACUGUCUUCGAACGACCCACAUUUCUCAGGAGGCCAAUUAACCAGGUGGUGCUGGAGGAAGAAGCUGUAGAAUUUCGUUGUCAGGUCCAGGGAGAUCCGCAGCCGACCGUGCGGUGGAAAAAGGAUGAUGCGGACUUGCCAAGAGGAAGGUAUGACGUCAAAGAUGACUACACACUGAGAAUUAAGAAGGCACUGGGUACCGAUGAGGGCACCUACACGUGCAUCGCCGAGAACCGGGUUGGCAAAGUGGAUGCCUCCGCCACCCUCACAGUCCGAGCUCGCCCUGUUGCUCCUCCACAGUUUGUGGUUAGGCCAAGAGAUCAGAUUGUUGCCCAAGGUCGAACGGUGACAUUUCCCUGUGAAACGAAAGGAAACCCGCAGCCGGCUGUGUUUUGGCAGAAAGAAGGCAGCCAGAACCUACUUUUCCCAAACCAACCCCAGCAGCCCAACAGUAGAUGUUCUGUGUCCCCCACCGGAGACCUCAGGAUCACCAACAUUCAGCGUUCGGAUGCGGGCUACUACAUCUGCCAGGCCCUGACGGUGGCGGGAAGCAUUUUAGCAAAAGCUCAACUGGAAGUUACUGAUGUUUUGACAGAUAGACCUCCACCCAUAAUUCUGCAAGGCCCAGCCAAUCAGACACUAGCAGUAGACGGCACAGCGUUGCUGAAAUGUAAAGCUACUGGUGAUCCUCCUCCUGUGAUUAGCUGGUUAAAGGAGGGAUUCACUUUUCUGGGUAGAGACCCAAGAGCAACUAUACAAGAUCAAGGAACGUUGCAGAUUAAAAACUUACGGAUUUCUGAUACUGGCACCUACACUUGUGUGGCUACAAGUUCAAGUGGGGAGACUUCCUGGAGUGCCGUUCUGGACGUGGCAGAAUCUGGAGCAACAAUCAGUAAAAAUUAUGAUUUAAGUGAUCUGCCAGGACCACCAUCCAAAGCGCAGGUCACUGAUGUUACUAAGAACAGUGUCACUUUGUCCUGGCAACCAGGUGCCCCUGGGACCCUCCCGGCAAGCUCAUAUGUCAUUGAAGCUUUCAGCCAAUCAGUGAGCAACAGCUGGCAGACUGUGGCAAACCACGUAAAGACCACCCUCUACACAGUGAGAGGGCUGCGGCCCAAUACAAUCUACCUGUUCAUGGUCAGAGCGAUCAACCCGCAAGGUCUCAGUGACCCAAGCCCGAUGUCAGAUCCUGUACGCACACAAGAUAUCAGCCCACCAGCACAAGGAGUGGACCACCGACAAGUACAGAAGGAACUAGGAGAUGUCAUUGUCCGUCUUCACACUCCGGUCGUAUUGACUCCCACAACUGUUCAAGUCACAUGGAUGGUGGACCGCCAGCCCCAGUUUAUCCAAGGCUACCGGGUGAUGUACCGGCAGACCUCGGGCCUGCAGGCUCCCUCGACGUGGCAGAGCCUCGACGCCAAAGUCCCAAACGAGCGGAACGCCGUCCUGGUCAAUCUGAAAAAGGGAGUGACUUACGAAAUUAAAGUCCGGCCUUAUUUCAAUGAGUUCCAAGGAAUGGAUAGUGAACCUAAAACAGUCCGUACUACCGAAGAAGCCCCAAGUGCCCCUCCACAAUCUGUCACUGUGCUGACUGUUGGAAGCCACAAUAGCACAAGUAUUAGUGUUUCCUGGGAUCCUCCUCCUCCAGAUCAUCAAAAUGGGAUUAUCCAGGAGUACAAGAUCUGGUGUCUGGGGAAUGAAACACGAUUUCAUAUCAACAAAACUGUGGAUGCAGCCAUUCGGUCUGUAAUAAUUGGUGGAUUAUUCCCAGGUAUUCAGUACCGAGUAGAGGUUGCAGCUAGUACCAGUGCAGGGGUUGGAGUAAAAAGUGAACCGCAACCAAUAAUAAUUGGUGGACGCAAUGAAGUUGUCAUUACUGAAAACAAUAACAGCAUAACUGAGCAAAUCACUGAUGUUGUGAAGCAACCAGCCUUUAUAGCUGGUAUUGGUGGUGCCUGCUGGGUGAUUUUGAUGGGUUUUAGCAUCUGGUUGUAUUGGAGAAGAAAGAAGAGAAAGGGACUCAGUAAUUAUGCCGUUACAUUUCAAAGAGGAGAUGGAGGACUAAUGAGCAAUGGAAGCCGCCCAGGUAUUCUAAAUGCAGGGGACCCCAGUUACCCCUGGCUCGCGGACUCAUGGCCAGCCACAAGCUUGCCGGUCAACAACAGCAACAGUGGCCCAAAUGAGAUUGGGAAUUUUGCCCGUGGAGAUGGGCUGCCACCAGUUCCAGGCCAAGGGGAUAAAACAGCCACGAUGCUCUCAGAUGGAGCCAUUUAUAGCAGCAUUGACUUCACGACCAAAACCACUUACAACAGUUCCAGCCAGAUAACGCAGGCCACCCCAUAUGCCACCACACAGAUCUUGCAUUCCAACAGCAUACACGAGUUGGCUGUCGACCUGCCUGAUCCACAGUGGAAAAGCUCAGUUCAGCAAAAAACAGAUCUGAUGGGAUUUGGUUAUUCUCUGCCUGAUCAGAACAAAGGUAACAAUGCCUUACUUUACAUCCCUGACUACCGAUUGGCUGAGGGAUUGUCUAAUAGAAUGCCACACAACCAGUCACAGGAUUUCAGCACCACCAGCUCUCACAACAGCUCAGAGCGGAGUGGCAGUCUCUCAGGUGGGAAAGGUGGAAAAAAGAAGAAAAAUAAAAACUCUUCUAAGCCGCAGAGAAACAAUGGAUCCACUUGGGCCAAUGUCCCGCUGCCUCCUCCCCCCGUGCAGCCCCUUCCGGGCACAGAGCUGGAGCACUACGCGGUGGAACAGCAAGAAAACGGCUAUGACAGUGAUAGCUGGUGCCCGCCGUUACCAGUGCAAACAUACUUGCACCAGGGCAUGGAAGAUGAACUGGAAGAAGACGAUGACCGCGUCCCCACCCCUCCUGUCCGAGGAGUGGCAUCCUCUCCUGCUAUUUCCUUUGGACAGCAGUCCACAGCAACUCUCACUCCCUCCCCACGGGAAGAGAUGCAACCCAUGCUGCAGGCGCACCUGGACGAGUUGACGAGGGCCUACCAGUUUGACAUAGCAAAGCAAGCAUGGCACAUUCAAAGCAAUAAUCAACCUCCACAGCCCCCGGUUCCACCGUUAGGUUACAUGUCCGGAGCCUUGAUUUCUGAUUUGGAAACAGAUGUUCCAGAUGAUGAUGCUGACGACGAGGAGGAUACUUUAGAAGUCCCCAGGCCCCUGAGAGGUCUAGAACAGACGCCUGGAUCGAGUGUGGACAAUCUAGACAGCUCUGUGACAGGCAAAGCCUUUGCCUCCUCUCAAAGACCUCGACCCACCAGCCCAUUUUCUACUGACAGUAACACCAGUGCAGCCCUGAGUCAAAGUCAGAGGCCUCGGCCGACUAAAAAACACAAGGGAGGGCGGAUGGACCAACAACCAGCGCUGCCUCAUCGGAGGGAGGGGAUGGCAGACGAUCUUCCACCACCACCAGACCCCCCUCCAGGUCAGGGUGUAAGGCAGCAAAUAGGCCCGAGCCAGCAUGCUGGUAACAUGGAAAACUCAACAGAGAGAAAAGGAAGCUCUCUGGAGAGACAACAAGCAUCCACCUUAGAAGACACAAAGAGCUCACUGGAUUGUCCAGCUAGAACGUCCCUGGAGUGGCAGCGCCAAACCCAGGAGUGGAUUAACUCCACAGAACGCCAGGAAGACACACGGAAAGCCCUCCACAAACAAGGUGCUGGACCAGAGGAGGCCGUGGUGCCCUACAGCAAGCCCAGCUUUCCGUCCCCCGGCGGCCACAGCUCGUCAGGAACAGCUUCUUCUAAAGGCUCCACCGGGCCGAGGAAGGCCGAGGCGCUGAGGGGUGGCCACCAGCGCAAUGCCAGCGACCUUCUUGACAUAGGAUAUAUGGGCUCAAAUAGUCAAGGACAGUUUACAGGUGAAUUAUAGUAACUGAGAGGAGACAUGCAAAGCUGCUCUGAAGGACCAUCAGGUCUGAACUCAUGGAGGUGAUGACACUAACCAGUGCAAUGGACAAUUUCUUUAUUUAUGUACUAUUGAAAGAACUGUAAAUGCAAUGUAAAGACACACAGCCACACAUAUCCCACAGAUGUUCUACUUGUGUUCUUCUCUUAAGUACACCACCCACCUUAACUCUUUCUUGUCAGGAGUAUACAAAAAGAAAGAAAACAAGCCCCUCCUCCAGGAAGCAAAGGGUUUUCCUCUGUACAUAAUUUCUUUUGUGCAUUGCUAUGCAAGCUCACUCUUUUUAGCUUUGUUCAUAUUAUUGUCUGUUCUUAUUGGUCUGUUGUACUAUAUGUGAAUUAAUAGGCUGUGGUGCCAUAUAUUAACUUUUAAUUGUGUAACUUUUAUGUUUAAAUUUUGCACUGCAAUUUUAUUUGGUGAUAAGCACAAAUCUCUACUCCUCGUGACAUGAAGAAAAAGACUGAAUGUGAAGGGAGUUUCUGUACUGUAAGCUAGGCGGAUGAUGCUGGUGGUAACCAAUCACGUUAGAUGCUCUCGGGUGGGGUAUAGAAAUAGGAAGACGUGAAGGACAACGGUGCUGGCGGAGUCUUCUCUGACCAUCAG